GCUUGCACUUCUCUGAACGCUUCUUUCAAUUUUCAACUAAGUUUUCAAUUGCCAUUUACCUACGUUUUUCAAACCUAUCCAGUAGGUUUAAAUAGCAUUAACACACCUUUUCGAUACACAAGUAGUGCAAAAUAAUGGUUGUAAGGCAGUAUAAUGAAGAACUUAAAUAUUUGGAAAAAAUUAAUCCAUAUUGUUGGAGAAUUAAAAAAGGCUUCCAACCAAAUAUGAAUGUUGAAGGAGUGUUUUACGUUAACAGUACACUUGAGAAACUAAUGUUGGAGGAGCUUAGGAAUUGUUGUAGACCUGGUAUGUCAGGUGGAUUCCUUCCUGGUGUAAAACAGAUAGCUAAUGUUGCAGCUUUACCGGGAAUUGUAGGCCGGUCAGUGGGAUUGCCUGAUGUUCAUUCUGGAUAUGGUUUCGCUAUAGGAAAUAUGGCAGCUUUUGAUAUGGAUGAUCCCAAAUCUAUAGUAUCUCCAGGAGGCGUAGGAUUCGAUAUAAACUGUGGUGUUCGUUUAUUGAGAACAAAUUUACAUGAGAAGGAUGUUCUACCUAUUAAGGAACAAUUAGCUCAGAGCUUGUUUGACCAUAUACCUGUUGGAGUUGGCUCCAAGGGUAUUAUUCCAAUGAAUGCACGUGAUUUGGAAGAAGCAUUAGAAAUGGGUAUGGACUGGUCUCUAAGGGAAGGUUAUGUUUGGGCCGAAGAUAAGGAACACUGUGAAGAAUAUGGAAGAAUGUUGAAUGCUGAUCCAUCAAAAGUCAGUCUCAGAGCAAAGAAAAGAGGUCUACCUCAACUGGGCACACUAGGAGCUGGAAAUCAUUAUGCAGAGAUUCAAGUUGUUGAUGAAAUAUUUGAUAAAUAUGCUGCUGGAAAAAUGGGUAUUGAAAGUAUUGGUCAAGUUUGUGUGAUGAUUCACUCUGGAAGUCGUGGUUUUGGGCAUCAAGUAGCAACUGAUGCUUUAGUGCAAAUGGAGAAAGCUAUGAAGAGAGAUAACAUAGAAACUAAUGAUAGACAACUUGCAUGUGCCAGGAUAAAAUCUGUUGAAGGUCAAGAUUAUCUUAAAGCUAUGUCUGCUGCUGCCAAUUUUGCUUGGGUGAACCGUAGCUCAAUGACAUUCUUGACCCGUCAAGCUUUUGCGAAGCAAUUUAAAAUGGCACCUGAUGAUCUUGACAUGCAUGUCAUAUAUGAUGUGUCUCAUAAUAUUGCCAAGGUUGAAGAACAUGUAGUAGAUGGGAAAUUGAAAACUCUACUAGUACAUAGGAAGGGCUCAACUAGAGCAUUCCCACCAAAUCAUCCAUUAAUACCUGUGGAUUAUCAACUAACUGGUCAGCCUGUACUUAUUGGUGGUACAAUGGGAACCUGCAGUUAUGUACUAACUGGUACUCAUCAAGGAAUGACAGAAACGUUUGGAUCCACAUGCCAUGGUGCUGGUCGAGCUCUGUCUAGAGCCAAGUCUAGAAGAAACAUAGACUACAAAGAAGUUCUAAACAAACUUGAAACUAUGGGUAUUUCCAUUAGAGUUGCAUCUCCAAAACUAGUAAUGGAAGAGGCACCAGAGUCAUACAAGAAUGUAACAGAUGUCGUAGAUACAUGUCAUGCUGCUGGUAUUAGCAAAAAAACUGUUAAAUUAAGACCAAUUGCAGUUAUAAAAGGAUGAACUCACUUUCCUAAUGUGAUUAUUAAUUAUCAUUCUUUUUAAAAACUGUUAAGACAGUUCAUAUAUUGAUUGAAUUAUCUAAUUAUACUAUAAUAAUAUGUAAUGGAUUUCCUAAAAACUUGUGAAGAAUUUGUAAAGUACAACAACAAAUCAGUUGAAAUAAGCACCAUGAAAAA